UUUGAAGUUUUUAUUUUUUAUUUUAAAUGAUUACAAUUUUCACUAUUGCUUAUUAUUACUAUUCUUUAUUAACCAUUAUAAUCUUAUUAGAUAUUGGAAAAUAAGUUAAUUCAAUUAUAGGUUUUUUUUUUUAAACAUUGAAUUUUUGAAUUUAUUAAUUCAGUUACAAAUAUACCUCUGGAUUGUUAUUAAAAGAAAAAUUAAAAUGGAUUUUGAAAUUAAACGAAAUAUAGAAUCACGUAACAAUAUCCUGGUAGCUUCAGCCAUUUCUAAACUGAUAAAUGUGAUCAAGAUGAAGGUUAAAGGAAAUAGAACUGAUAUGAUCAAUAUUCCAGAGAUGCUUCAACUUCAAGAAUAUUGUUGCCAUCAAAAUCCAAUCAUUAGUAAAACAGCUCUUAAAGCUUUGUGUGAUUUUAUUUCAACUAGUGAUUACCCUCCUCAGUUAUUAGUGGAUUGGUUAGCAGUUUUGUCAUCAAGGACUAAAUGCAAAACAGUAUUUAUUCAAGAGAUUUUUGAGUUAAUAAAUCUUUGGCUGAAAAACGCCCAAAAUUAUGAUAUAAUUAUAGACACAUUAGUUGAUAUUUUGAUAGAAAUAAUGGAUGCCAAUUUAAAUGAAUGGAGUGUUGUUCAAUUUCAUUUAUGGACAACUUUAAAUUUGUGUGAUUUAAGUGUUAACAGUAUUGCUAAAAAGUGGUUAAAUGCAACUAAGCGAUUAUUCAAAUUUAUAUUUGUAUCAAGUGCUCCAGUUAGUUAUCGAAGUGAAUUUAUAAAAAUAUUUAUUAAAUUAUUAAGUUAUACAUCUGAAUAUGAUCUAGUAUUUGACAUUUAUUCAUGUGUGAAAAUGAAUAGUAUAGACAAUAUUUUAUUUUUAAUAAAACUUUUAGAUGAUAUCACUUGCAUAAUUCCUCUUGAAUUUCAUGAAACUCAAUACAAUUUAUGUUUGUGUUGGAAUGAAGUUAUGGUUGCAUUGAUACAGAAUGGUUAUGAACCGUCUUUAAUACUAAUAAAACUUGAAACCAUUUUAAAAAAUUGUCCUUAUACAGUUGAAUACUGUUUAUUGACCCUUGCAAGAAUUUUAAAUUUGUGCGGACAAAGUUAUUUACAUCAAAUAGUUAACUUUGGAGUGAAAAUAAUCUUAGACUAUGGUUGCCAUAAAAUUAUUUCUCAGGCGUUUAUAGCAAGUAUUCUUCAAUGGAAUCAGUAUAAAAAGUUUUCAAUAGACUACAGUGAUUCAGUGAUAUUGAGUAUUAAUUCUUCUUUUGCUAACAAGUCAAAAACAUAUCAAACUCAUCAUAGAUCUUUAAUACCACAUUUGACAGCUGAUACUCAUAUUAUUAUUACUCAUAAUUUAGUGAAGUUGUGUUCAAAUUUUGGUGAUUCCUUAUUUAUUUCAAAUUGGUUAGCAAAAAUCCAAAAGUCUAAAAUUUUAUUAGAAAAUUCAUUAUUUAGUCUUUUUUUGGCUGGCGUGUAUUUAUCUAAGCUAUGUAAUAGCACUCAACAUAAUACCUUAUUAAAUAUAUUAAAUAAAAAAUACUUGUUGCCAUUAAUUACUUAUGCUAUUGAUAGAGAAACAAAUUGUCAUAAUCGUCUAGAUCUAAUAAAUGUAAUUCCAUUUACAGCUUGUUUUCAGGAAAAUAUUCCUUUAGUAAUUAAUUUGAUUAAACAAUUGGAAGAUUAUAAUGAAGAAUCUCUUCAAAUGUAUAGUAUCAGCAUGUUUUAUGAUUUAUGGAAAACAGAGUCUAGAUGUUAUAGAUUUUUACUGUAUAGUUUAUCAAAAGACAAGUCUGGGUGGCAAUGGAACAUUGUAAAGUCAUUUACAGUUCAGAAAUUAACUAAAUCAAAUCCUAAUUCAGACUUGGUACCAAUUCAUAAACAAAUGCUUACAUUUUACAUUAAAAAUAAAAUGUUUUUACCUUUACAAUUGACAUUAGAAUCAUUCAUAGAACUUUGUUCAGCUGAGUAUUUCAGUCCGGAGAUUCUCUUAGGAUUAAUUGAUAAAAAUAUAAUUAACAUUCAUCAUCCUUCUAUCAUUGCAAGUUACUGUGAAUUAUUAGCUGAGUGCUCCAACCAAACAUUAGAUAAUGAAAAACGUUUAAAUUAUUUGGAAAAAUUAUGGUCAUUAACACUACAUUCAAAUGUCAAUACUGUAAAACACGCUUUGAAAUCAUUGUGUAAAAUAGGCAUUGAAUAUAUGUCUCUAAAAGUUUUACCUAAACAAUUUCAUGAUAUCCAAGAUAUUGUAACACAACUUGAAGAUUUAGAAAAGCUUGAGUUAUUCAAUGGGCCUAUACCAGGAGAGUGUUGGGUCAAAUUUCUUCAAAACAUUAAUGAAAAAUGUAUUGAAGAAGCAAUAUCUAUGUUAUCUAUUUUACUAAGGCAAGAACUAAAUAAAACAAUUAGAUCAAGAGUACCAUCUGAUUAUGAACCUAAGUCAUUAAAACAUUUGCCUGAAAGCAGCAUUGCUCGUGGAUUAAUCUCUUAUGUUGUCCCAAGACGUAAAAAAAUGUUUAAUUCUGAUGAAGUUGUAAAAAACUACUGCCUUUCUGUAAUAAAUAGAACUGAUAAACCUAUGUAUGCAUUUGAUUGGUGUUUUUUGGAAACUUAUAUAUCAGAAGGACCUCAAAAUAAAUUAUGGAAGGAAUCUAUUAUUUUAAUUGUCAAGCAGUCUAUUACAUCUACUUCAGCAUUUCGUCUUUUAUACAAAUGUUAUCAAUUUCAUGAAUAUUUUAAUACUGAUGAAAAGAAAUUGUUACUUAAUACUCUAGUUAAAGUUUCUAAUAUUAUAUAUCAUGAAUUUCAAAAACAGUUUAUAAUAAAUGUUAUUAAUGAUGACAAAGAAACCAAUAAUAUCCAGUCAGAGUUGUUAUGCUAUUAUUUGAACAAUUGCAAACAAAUUUUACAAAACACUGAAGUACAUCAAGAUAAUAAAAACUUUAUUUGUAACAUUUUUGAAAAUAUAUGGUGCACAAUUCAGUUAAACAACAAGAAAGUUCUUGAAGUGUUUCUAAGUUGUUGUCAUAUAUUACCAAUACAAAUUGUAGAAAAUAUGAAACCAUAUCCUGUUCACAAAGACUUAGUUUCUAAAUUUAUUAUUAUGUGCUGUUCUCAAAAUAUCAUUACAAGCAAUGAAUCUUUUGAUUCGCUUGAACAAUGUAUUAGAGCAUCUAAUCAAUUUUCUCAAACUGAAAGUUUUAUUUGCAAUUUGAUUGUGGAAAUUUUUUGUCUAGAACACUUUGUAAUAUAUCAUAAUGAAUUUAUAAAUAAUUUAAUGAUAUAUUUAGUUGGCUUUCUCAAAAAAUCUCAAACUAAAGAAUCACUAGAUUUGAUGUUUUCUAUUUUUGUUAGUAUAAUAGUGUCGCUUUCAGAUUUUAACUGCCUCAGCUCUACAAAUGACUUCAAAAACAAAUUAAUCAUUUUUCCUAGUGCAUUAGUUUUAUUCGCUAAAAAGUCUGCACAAACUUCUAAAAUUAUUGAAUGGUUGAAGACUAUAAAAAAUGUUCAAAAUAUACCAGACCUAUAUUCCAAUUUAUUUAAAUGUUGUUUAGCAGCAUUGAAGGAUGAUAAAUAUUUUAAUAAUUGGAAAAAUGUUCAACUGUGUUUAUUAAAGUAAUUUGACUGACUCUAUCCAAACUGGCUGCUGAAUCUUUAUGUUCUACACUGUUGGCGAAAUUAUCAAUUGCUACUACAUCGUAUCCAGCUUCUAAAAGUGACAAAACACAAUGACUACCAAUGUAUCCAGCACCCCCAGUAACAAAUAUUGUUUUAAUGUUAGUCAUUAUAAACGCUAUAUUAUUUUUUAUUAAGUUAAUUAUUUUGUAAAUAUAUGUUGACACGUAAAACUAAUGAAAUGUGUUUAUGUAAAAAAUAAAAAGUAUUCUAGUAAUAA